ACGGCGUCACUAACGGUGCCCUCUGUCCCCCUCAGUACGCUCUGUAUAAGAAGAUGACCCAGGCGGCCAUCCUGAUCCAGUCCAAGUUCAGGUCUUACUACGAGCAGAAGCGUUUCCAGCAGAGCCGGCGUGCGGCGGUCCUCAUCCAGCAGUACUACCGCAGCUACAAGGAGUACGAGAGGCUCAAACAGGCCCCGAGGGGCGCCGCCAGCCACAACCCCAAGAUCAAGGGGUCGUUCUUGACGAAGAAACAGGACCAGGCAGCGAGGAAGAUCAUGAGGUUCCUGAGACGCUGCAGACACAGGAUUAAAGAGCUGAAGCAGACGAGGGAGCUGGAGAGGAGAGGACUGACCACUUAAACCACCUCCUCCCUUCUUUCUCCUCCUGGGGGGGAACCAGCAGAGAGGAGGAGAGACAAACGACUGACUGAGAGAAGAGCAGAGUGACGGAGAGAUGCCUUACCCCAUGCCAACUCUUUUCUUCUUCCUUUGGAUCUAUCUAUAUAUCUGUCUGUCUGUCUGUCUGUCUCUCCUGGUUGAAUGUAGCUGUCUGUCUGCAGCUUUAAGAGCUUCACUCAGAGCUCUGUCAGUACAGAGUGCGUCCAGUUAAACACUACACUGAACCACUGUUUACAUUCUCACUGAGAUAACCCCGAGCUUCAGCUGCAGAUGCAUGCUGGGAUACCCGUCUGAAGUACCCCCCAUUAAAGGUUGUUCAGCUGUGGACUCGGAAGACAAACAAUCUCUCCUAGGAGGCGGCGCUCGGGGCGCAACCAGCCCGGGAGCUCCUCCGUCAGCCUGUCCCCUCCUCCCACAAUUCACUGCUGUCCUCCUGCGAAGGUCAGGGGUCGAGGGUCAACGGGACGCUGCGUUUGAGGGUUGUUCGUAAGCCACUGUGUACGUGAAAAUGUACAUGAUUCUAACAAAGCUACUAUAAAUAUAUUUAAACACAAUCACAUCUAUAAACAUAUAUAUAUAAAUACAAUAUAUAUAUUCUAAUGUUGACUUUAUAGAGCUAUGGAUGUUUUAAUUUAUUACAGCCAUGAACUGUUAAUGUGACUGUAAUGAGAGUGUGUGGUGUGUGUGUGUGUGUGUGUGUGGUGUGUGUGUGU